CGCGUUGAUACUUUUUCACGAACGGCCAUUAUUUACUAGUUUAUGUUUUAUUCAUCUUUUACAUUCCGAAGCUAUUUAAACAUGGCGAAUGAAGUAAACCAUCCCACGUAGGAUGGAAGUGGAUAAGCCAGUUGUGUCGAAUGUUGAUAACGAAAAAAUGCCCGUAGCAACUACCGACAACGUACUGCCCGAGUCCCCAGACAAAUCUCCUGAGAUGGAAAACGAUGAAUUGCCAGCACUUGUUAUUAGCGACAGUGAAGGAGACGAGCCAUCAGCGAACCCGACGGAAAAGAUCACGCUCAGCACUAGUGACCGGGAGAAUGAAGUGAAUAUUUCCGGUAUAACGCCUCUGGAUGCCAGUGUCAUGGACGGGGUAACUAAGGAUUCCAGUAGUCCAGAGAUUGAAAGCGUGGAAAAACCAUCAUUUGUAUCGAAAAAUGAAUCAAAACAAUCAGAAAAUAUGGUGGUGGAUGUGAAACAACAACCAUCGUGUAUCUAUGAGAACAUCGAUUUGACCGGAGCUUCCAGCGCUGAUGAUUCGGGAGUGAGUGAUGAAGGCACAGAGAAAAUGGUUAAACGUACAGAAGAAUGUGUAGAAAAAGUCGUUAAAGAUUCUGCCAGUUUAACGGCGCAAGAGCUUUUGCAGUCCUUGCUAGGGGACAGGGAAGAUGAUUAUCGUCUAAAGGGCUUUGGAGACGAAACAGCGGACCCAAAAGGCGAAUGCAGUGAUAUGAUAAAACUAAAUGAUGAAUCUUUAGAACAAAAUAGUGAUCAGAACACUGCAGUGGAACCAACACUCGAUCAAGAGAAGCAAGUGUCGUGUAGUUCAGAAAAUGAUCCUGCCGAACCCAUUCAAGAUAAAAUCACAACAAUUAAUGAGAAAAGUGAGGAGAAUUCAGAUCCUAUUUUAAAUCCUAAGGAGGACAACACACUAGAAGGCCCUGUUCUUGUAGAAAAUGAAGCAAAGCAACAAAGUUCCGAAGAAAUAACAAGCGUUAAUGAAGAAGCAAGCGGCCACCCAGAUGUAGAUAAAACAGUGGCUUGCGAUACGCAAGUUUCUAGGAGUGCAAAAGAAACUAAUAAUGAAGAUGACGAUGAUGACGUCAUAUGUCUAUUAGAAGAGAUGGCAGAAGAAGAUCAACAUGACAGCAACUCUCUAAGCAAUGAAGAUAGUGCUAGUCUACCGACGGAUGGUGCCGUUGUGGCAAGCAAGCAGAGUGAUGGCACCACCACAUCUGAUGCUACUGUGGAAGGUAGAGAAACUGAGGAAGAUUCUAUCGAUGAACCGCCACCAAAACGACCCCGAUCGUCUGAAAGUCAUGACCAAGAUAAUGUUGCAGCUAUGAAGCGUUUAGCUUGUGAAAACAAUGCUACCAGCGACCCGGUGACGAUCCAAACGCAUUCUUCUGAAAAUUGUGACAAUGGUAAUGAUAAACCAGAUGCUGCUGAAUCCUCUAAAACGGACGACAACAGCGAAACCAUGAUGGAUCAGGAGGAAUCUCAAAACCUUAAUCGCAGUAGGCCAUCGUCAAGCAUGGGAGAACCUGCUAAAUGUCCUAUCGAUGUGAAUACCACGGAAACCAUAUUUCUAACGAGCCACUUUGAAACGACGGCAACAUUAGUAGGCGCUGAAACUGGCGAUACGGUUGGUGGACGAUCUACCGUGGUCCCAUCGCUCAGUUCUGAGGUACUUGUAAUAGACGACGAUGACGACGACGACGACGUUGGCAACGUUGGUGCAACCAAAAUAAUUAAUUCUACAAAGGAUUCUAUACUUGCCUCACCAGACAUAGAGGUUGGAGAAAAGCGUCCAAGGGAGGAUUUAGAAUCCGAAAGUACUAAAAAGCCCAAAAUGGCCAACGAGUCUACAGAUACUUUAGACAAUCUUGUUAAGGAGGAUGAUGUGGCGCAAAAGCCCCCGGACGUGAAGCCACUUGCUAUGGAAUUCAUGAAGAUGUUCGGCAAGCCGCUACCCAAGAUGUCUCGUGACGAUUUAGAAGAGUUCGUCAUGCUAAAGGUUUGUGAGGCAGUGGUCUAUAAGUCGCAAUUGGGCGAGGAACGUAAGCGCUUGGAUAAGUUGGAGACAGUUAUGCUAAAAUAUCGACAACGGUUGAAGGAUAUGCACAAGCAAUACUGUGAUCUACUAGUGGUCCACGAACGAGCGGUUCAGGAUCUGCAAAAGAGAGCCAACCGGUUUGUGGUUCCCGUGAAAAUAACGCGUGCCGUUGGUUUGCAGGUCGGCGCAUCACAAUUUCCGCUUUUGGGAAAGCCUACCGCUAUGGACCAGACUUGUGAAGAUGUCAAAACAAAAAAUUGUAUUGCUGAGCUGUCUGUUAUUCCGGCUAAGGGAAAUACUACAUCACCAGAAUCCAGUACAAAAGACACUACUGGUGGAGCGCCCUGGAACGGGGCCCAACUAACGUCCAUUGGCCAACGAAUGUCAACUUCAACGGCAGGCGGUAUCCAUCCUACACCGAAUGUGAUACGCCCAUCGGUACCGAUGAAUGUAACCUAUAUGCACAAUGCAACUGCCAGUGAAGUUACGAUAAAGCCACCAGAUCCAAGCAAACCAGCCCUUGGUAGUAUUGUGAAUGGAUUACCUGGGAGUAGUUAUCCGUCUGGUACUUCCGUCUCCUCCAGUGGUAGCAGCACCGGUAGCGUUUCACCCGGGUCUAUGACUGCCCGUAAAAAGACUCUCCAUAAAAUUACGCCGAAGAGGCCACCGCUAUCUGCAGUGCAACAGGAGGAACAGGAGAAGAUGGCGAGGCAGCAAGCGGAACAAAUGCUACAGGACAUUCACAGCCAGCAGGCACGAAUAGCAAAAAUAGCUGCCGGUUCUAAAGUGAGUGGAGGGAAUUCUGCGACCGGAAUAAGACCUACUGCACCUGAUGUACGAACAACGGUUGUAUCCAGAACGAACGUAACCCUGUUUCGUCCGGCGAUGCUAUCGUCACUUAUGCCGGCCGCACAACCAAUGGCUGGUAUGCAUAACGUACGAGCGUCAUCCAGCAAGACCCUCACUUUUACAAACUCGGUUGCACCGACCGCACCACAGUCCCAACCCGGGUCACCAUCGGCGGUAACCAAUUCGUUGAUAGAUUUAACGGACGAGGAAGAGCCACGUGGCCCCAUCGGUACUAGUGUCCCCCUUAGCAACGCGAUCGAGAAAAAACACUCAAAUCAAAAUGGAAUGCUAGAAAAACAGCAGGGGUCCGCCGAAAUGAUAGCUACUAAUCAGAUGGUGAAAUUGGCCCAAGCUGCGCAGACGAAGGGGAAACUGCCAUAUCGGUUGCUGAACGGCAAUGGUACGAUACAGCCGAUCGCUACCGGAUCUACUCAUACACAAGGAAUGCUCCUUCCCAACAAUGUGGGAUUUCGAGCGCACUUGGGGAAAAAACCCAAUGGGCUUAGAAUGCCAUUGGGAAUUUCACCAACGACUCAUGGACAGAUACGACAUUCGGGUCCUUUUCCUGACAACUCGUUGAUGAUGAAGCCUCGGCCCCCACUACGAGUCCCAGUACAUCCGGCACCACUCCCGAAACCUGGGCCACAGAGUUGUCACCCGUCCUGGAAACAAUUACCGCCACAGCCAGUGAUUCGUAUCAAUAAUGUUUCGACCGGGAUCGUAAUAUCGUGGACGAUGCCAGAUCUAUCGGAAAUGCACGCGGAGAUCGAUAUCUACCAAAUUUAUGCCUACCAGGAAUCGACAGCCAUCCCAUCUUCGUCCGCAUGGCGUCACGUGGGUGAUGUGAAAGCGUUGCCGCUUCCUAUGGCCGUGACGUUGACACAUUUUAGCGAAGGUCAGCGUUACCACUUUGCUGUCAGAGCUAUCGACGAGCACAAGCGGAUCGGGUUCUUUAGUGAUCCCCGAACAUGGAACGACGUGAAUGUUUCGCAGUAGGAAAUUAAUUCACACUAGUACAGUAAGUUGAGCUGAUAAUACCAGUUUUAAAUAACGGUUUGUGGCAAAUAUUCUACUUAAAUAUGUUACUUUAAUUUCAAUGUUUGCUCAGCUAUUUAUAUUGUAAUUCUUCUUUACUAACACAUGAACUAAUCGUUAUGAAAUAGGUGAUCUAAAUGUUUAUAUUCGUCUAAACUUGAAAGAAAAAAAAAAUAAAUAAAGCAAAAGAACAGCACAAAGAAUUUCCAACAUCUUAGCAAAUUGCAAGAAAAAGUAUAUUUUUAUGUGUAAAAUAUGGAAGUAAAACAAUAACUGAACUCUAUUUACGUGUAUGCCAUGCUGCUCUGUUGUUUUGUAUCGCUGAUGAUUUGUUAGAUUCAGGACAUCUGUAUAUAAAGUUAGUUAUGCUAGAACUUUACCCUUAUAUACUGAAUAACGUUCCUUUCGUCAGUCAGGUGAUUUUUCCCAUGAAUCCAUUUUUUCUUACUAUCAAAUUUGAUAACAGAUUUGUUCGAAAAAUAUGUGUCCGAUGGGAACGCAUGCUUGUCUAUGGUCUAAAAAGUGCGUUUUGACUUGAGUACAUUGAACAACGGUAUCGAAUGCUAAUUUAAGGGAAUUGUUUUAACGAGGUUGCCAGCUUUGGAAAUCGACAAGAAAUUAAUAAACUAUAGCACAUGAUAAGA